AUGGGUAUUUUCCAUUCUUUUCUUUUCUUUUUUCCCCACUCUUCAGAUCUCCUGAGCGAGGAUGAGAUUUAUUGCUCCUGUUUACUGAAGACUUUGUGCUAUACCUCCACCCCGGUCACCGUAGGUUUCUAUUCACCAUACAAAACACGUGUUCACUCCUUAAUGGAAAAGGUUGCAGGACAGAUGCUCAAAGAAUCCAUCCGAAGGGAAGAAGAAAGCCGAAAGUUCCAACUCCCACAAAGGAGGAGCUACCUGACCCUCCUCUGGUACAUCCUGUUCUGCCAACCUGUCGUCACCAAGAAGCACCUCCAGAGAAAAACCAUCAAGUUCCUCUUCAUAAAAUUCAGCGCCUGGGAGUAUGCCUGCAACAACCAGUUGUGGGCGGGGUUGGUCACCAGCCUGUGUGACCAUAUCCGCCACCACUUCGGUCCUCUUCCGCUGAGUUUCUAUCAUGUGGUAGGAAGCCCUCCAGAUUUCGUCUCGGGAUUAUAUGCCCAAAAAGAGUGGAGGCUUAAAAGGAAAACGUGCUGUAUCACCGGAGGACUCGUGGUAAUUAUUUUGCUAGCUGGUGCAGGCCUGGUUACUAUCGCCCUCUUCGUGCCAGGGAUAAGGGAUGGCACACUCUUGAAGUACCUUGGUAGCGGCAUUGCUGUCAUCUUGGGCUCCGGCUUCGUCAUCGCCAUCAGUCCCGUGAUUAAGCACUUAAUCAUCAGCCAGAAAAAGAAGAUCGAGAGCAUGACCAACGAUGAGAAGUUCACCAGACAGCUGGGUUUUAGGAGUGCAGUGAAGCGCGAGAUUGAGGUCCUCACCAGCUUUAUCUACUUCAUGGAAAUCUUCGAGAAACGGCGCUUCAAGAUUGUCUUUAAGAUUACAGGUUUAGAUAUAUGCAACCCCGAACAGGUGGUUGGGGUGUUGAACGCCAUCAAUACGCUCCUUUCCAACAGGAAUGCCCCCUUCAUCUUCAUCCUGGUGGUUGACCCCUCCGACAUCGUCUCUUCCUUGGAGCAGGCGAGCAGCGUGAAGGGAAUGGCGGACAACGGCUACCUAUACCUCAACCGCACCGUGACGCUUCCUUUCUCCAUCCCGGAAAUCGCCAUCAAGUCCAAGAUGCAUUGUUUGAAGGAGACCUUGCAGAAACAUGAAGCUCUCAAAAAUGUAAGGGAAGGGAUUCCUUCCUUGGGGAUGAAUGUCGAAGCACUGAGGGACACGCAAGUCCAGAUCGAUAAACUGGCAUCCACGUAUAUCCGUAAAGCUUUCGAAUGCUUGGAAGAUGAAGAGGGUCGUCUCCACCAUUAUGUCCCAGAUAGCAUUAUCCAGAUGACCAGGAUCAUCAACACCAUCCCCAUUACGAUCAGGUUGAUGACGCAACAGCCCCUGUUGAGGCGCAACGUCUCUCCCUGUAAUGUGGCCAGUUGGGUGGUAUUGGCCAACCAAUGGCCGUGUCGCUUGAGUUGGAUCCUCCAACGCAUGGAAGACACACUGAAGGGCCAACCGCCCGACGGUUAUGAGAAGUUGUUGAUGUGGGACGUCUUUGUGGAGACGUGUCCUGAGCUGUUCUCCAAGCAUAAGGAACUCCAGAACGUCAUGGCCUUGGAUGGUGACCCUGAACUUUUUGAGAAAUUCUUGUCCAUGGAUUUCCUCUUCACCGUUCAAGAAGGGAAGGAAUUCCUGAAGUAUACUGUGAACUUAGACCAUUCCAUAAGAUGUAAGAUGAGACAGCUGCAGGCUCUGGCGACUCUGGAGACCUACAGAAAAGGUGGAACAAAUUCAAAGAAGAGGGCUUAG